GGCCGAACACGGAAGUAAGCGCAGCAGCUCUCCUGCAGAUGUAGCAUCAUGGUUGAGACUUCAGGGAAGUGUAAAUAAAAAUGCUGUAGGACAGGUAUUAAUGCGAGCCUGCAGUUCCAGAGCCUAACGACAAACCCGUGGCCAUGUCUCAGAGGGAACUGAAGGAGGCGUUUGUGAGUAAUCUCAAUGGGACCAGUCUGCAGGAGGUGGCGCUGGGCUCAUUUCUCACCCCACUGUGCCUCAUCAACAGAGGGCUGAUUCUGAUCCUCUACCACCAGGCCAAAGGGACUCUGCCAGUGCCACUUCCACUGAUCUGUCACCUGCUUCUGGACUUCUCUCUGCUUGUCCUCCCCCUCGUCCUGUCAUGCACCGUUCUGAGCGGCGUUCUCCACCAGGUCAUCAUGAGCCUGACCUUUGUUUCGGCCUGUGUGUUUUGCUAUAUCUACCGUACCAACAACCAUCCUCCUGCUCGGCACCCAAGGGACACCGUCAGCACCUUCCUUCAGAGUCACGUUAAAUUCAACCAGGUUCCCUUUGUGACUGUCUUCCGAGUGUUUGUAAAUGUGAAAACAGCCAUCAGCAUUCUUGCCGUAGACUUUAGUGUCUUCCCAAGGCGGUAUGCUAAAACAGAGACCUAUGGGACAGGGGUGAUGGACUUUGGGGUUGGAGCGUAUGUCUUUGCAAAUGCCCUCGUCUGUCCAGAGGCCCGGGGGAAGAACAUCUCAGGAUCCAGGAUGACUUACAUCACAAAGCAGCUCCUGUCUGUCUGGCCCCUCGUAGUUCUUGGUAUGGUAAGGCUGGUGAGCGUCAAAAUGACCGGCUACCAUGAGCAUAUGACAGAAUAUGGCGUCCACUGGAAUUUCUUCUUCACGCUAGCCAUCGUCAGAGUUGUGGCUUCUAUGGUUUUGGCUGUUUUGCCAGUCAGUCAGUCGUGGGUAGUUGCCCUUCUGAUCAGUGGAUUGUAUCAGUUCACUCUGGAGAAAUCGGGGCUGAAGGCCUUCCUUAUCCACAACAAUGACAGAGAAAAGGACUUUCUGCAUGCUAACAAGGAGGGCAUAUUCUCUGUGGUGGGUUACGUAGCCAUUUACAUGGCAGGAGUUCAGGUGGGACUCUAUCUGAUGCAGCCUAGAUCCCAGGUUAGACAGUGGCUCAAAGUACUUUUUAACCUCUUGUUGGGAAGUUCUGUCCUGUACACUGCUCUGUACACAUGUCAGACACUUGUGGAGCCAGUGUCUCGCCGCUUAGCUAAUUUACCUUUCUGCCUGUGGAGUGUUGCUCAGUCUUUGUUCUUUAUGACCUGCCUUGGUGUAGCUGAUAUGGCUUUACUGUUUUGCAAAAGGACAUCAGGCUGUCACUUUGUACCCUCAUCGUGGAAUUUGUGUAAAAAACAAUCGGACUCAGUCUCUGACAAAAGUGAGGGUGAAAUAGAAAGACGCUGCCUCGUUCAAGCUGUCAGCAGGAAUCAGUUGUUAUUCUUCUUGCUUGCAAAUUUGAUGACAGGAUUGACCAACUCCAUAGUGGACACACUUAGUUGUAGCAGUUUAUCUGCCGUGUGUGUUUUGCUGUCGUACAUGUUCAUGAAUUCCUUGGUAAUAUAUGUUUUACAUCUGUGUGAUAUUACAGUAAAAUUCUGGUAAGAUUACAUUUGUAAAACAAAUGGUUCAUUUGUGUAUUCUGAAGACUUUUGUUGCCUGGAGUGACAUUGAAAUUUGGGGAAAUUAAAAACACUGGAAAGAGUUGAUGUUAUAAGAAGAUGUGAUCUGUAAUGCUGAAGAUACCUUUGUACAUGAUUUGUUUAUACAUUGUUACAUUACAUUGAUUUACUGGGAUUUUUAUUUGGUUAGCAGAAAAUCAGAGCUUUUCAUAAAAGGAAAACUGGCAUUUUAAAUGAUGCAGCAACUGAAUAUUGCAUUUAAUGUGAACUGGAAUGCUUUUACUCUUCUGUAAUCUGUACACAUCUUUCUUGUUUGUUACUACAGUGCAGCGCAACCAAAAAUAAGUGCAUGGAUUAAAAUAUACUACAGCAACAUAUGUACAUAAAAGUGAUACAAAGGGAACAGGAAAAUAAAAAAAUCAGAAA